UUUCCUACAGUACACAAAACACCUGAAAACCUUCCCGAUUGCAAGAGCAGGAGUUCCUGUGUGUUGGGAGCACGAAGAAAAAAAGAUAGGCAAUGGUGUUGCUAAAGACAUUGCUUUGCGAUCUGUGUUUCAUUCAUCAAAUUGUGGUGUAUCGCUUCCCAUCUCUGAAAUUGGGGUAUCCAUAUUACCGAUAGGUGCCAUGUUGCCUCAGAAGAGGGGAAGAAUACCUGCCAGAACAGCCAUGAACUGUUACUGGAGUGUCCUGGCAAUUCUCUUACCAUUUCUCCCCAGUGCACUGUCUCUCCAGCCAGCUCAGUCCCAAGUGUUGCUGGUAUCUUUUGAUGGAUUCCGGUGGGAUUACAUCUAUAGAGUCCCAACUCCCAAUUUUCACCAUGCUAUGGAGAAUGGUGUUCAUGUCAAACAAGUCACUAAUGUGUUCCUAACAGUAACGUAUCCUAAUCAUUAUACGAUGGUGACUGGUCUUUAUGCAGAAAGCCAUGGCAUAGUUGCUAAUGAGAUGUAUGAUCCUAUUCUGAAUGAAACUUUCUCUAUGAGCACCAUGGAUAUUUAUAACUCCAAGUUCUGGGAAGAAGCCACCCCAAUAUGGAUAACGAACCAGAGGGAAGGACAUAAAACUGGAGCAGCAAUGUGGCCUGGAACAGAUGUGAAAAUACAUGGAGUCUUUCCUACGUAUUACAUGCCCUACAAUGAAUCUGUUUCUUUUGAAGAUAGAGUCGCUAGGCUUAUUAAGUGGUUUACGUCAGAAGAACCCAUAAACUUUGGUCUCCUCUAUUGGGAACAGCCUGAUGAGAUGGGUCACCUUCUGGGCCCAGAAAACCCACUGAUGGGUCCGAUAAUUGAUGAUGUUGACAAAAAGCUGGGAUACCUUAUGUCUGAACUGAAGAAAGCGAAGCUGUGGGAUGUGAUAAAUGUCAUAAUCACAAGCGAUCACGGAAUGUCACAGUGCUCCAAGGAAAGGCUCAUUGAGCUUGAUCGAUAUGUGAAUAGAGAGCUCUAUACAAUCAUCGAGCAUUCUCCUGCAGUAACUAUUUUGCCGAAAGAAGGCAAGCUGGAAGAAGUAUACAAAGCCCUGGCCAAUGCUCAUCCCAACAUGACCGUGUAUAAAAAGGAGCAGAUUCCUGAUAGAUUACAUUACAAACACAACAGCAGAAUUCAGCCAAUCCUGGCAAUAGCUGAUAAAGGAUGGUAUAUUGUAUAUAAUAAGUCCGACGAUUUUCUACUUGGUAAUCAUGGAUAUGACAACAUCGUACCAGAAAUGCAUCCGAUUUUCCUGGCCGUUGGGCCUGCUUUCAGGAAGAAUGUCACCAAAGAAGCCAUGAACUCUACAGACUUGUAUCCCUUAUUGUGCCAUCUCCUUGGUAUUAACGCACUGCCAAACAAUGGUUCAUUCAACGCUGUGAAAGAUAUGCUUGCCGAAGAAGUUCCUGCAGCCUUUGGAGCAGACAUCUAUGCUACUGUUGUAGGAGUCUUUCUGGGCACCAUUCUUGUUACAGUUUUCAUUGCAAUUUUCGCUAAGCAUUUUAUCCUCGCCCAAGCAAAUACCAUGCAAAUGCACCAUACUGAAGCUGCCCAGCCACUGCUGCAAGAUUAAUAACACUUGGUACUAUAAUAUUUCCUGUUUGAUGCUUAAAAUAAGCUUAUAUAAAAAAAUUAAUAGAGGUGGAUCAGCAGAAAUAUGAGAAGUAAAAGGGAAUCGAUGCAGAUCCAUCGGAACACUUGAGUAUGGACAUACCAGGUAUGCAGAGAAAGAGCAUGUUCCUGUUUCAGCUCACAACCACUUAAUCUUUCAGGGUUCCGACUGUAUAAAACGCAUAGUAUCAUAGCAUCAUUAAGGCUGGAAAAGACUUCUAAGAUCGUCAAGUCCAACCGUCAGCCCAACACCACCGUGUCUACUAAACCACGUCCUGAAGUACCCCGUCUACAUGCUUUUUGAACACCUCCAGGGAUGGAGAUUCCACCACUGCCUCUGCCAGGGCUUCUUACGUUCCUUUCACGCGUGCCAUGUUCUAGGUAAACCUGGAAAGCUGUAUUUGUAUGGAGACAGGAAGUGACGAGAGACCUCAAAUACCUCAUUCUGAGCUACUUUUAGGGCAAUGAAUCAACUGAGGUGCACUUCACAAACUGUUAACAUUGUGAUUUAAUUUCUCACCCCACUUUUUUUUUCUUUGAGAGGUUUAAGCCUCUUAGAUUCUAAGAAAUCACUGCAUAUGACUAGGCUAUUUAGGGGGUUUUGCCUGCCUGCCCAAGGAAGCUUUUGCUUGGAUUCACCAUCACAGAUUUCUUGGGUGAUUAAAUUCUGCAGAAAACAGCAUUAUUAUUAAACUAGGUCAUGCAGUGCUAAGUGUUUAAAUUUAGAGUUAGGUAUAUUUCAUUUAACUACUGUGCUAAUUGUAGCCCCAAAAUGUGAAUCUAAGUGGUAUUGCCUUGAGCUAUCAACACUAAAGCACUUGAUUUUUAAUUUUUUAAAACUUAGAUAAAUGUAAGUCUUUAUGAUUUUAGUUAAAUAUAGGUCUUUACUUUUUUCUGUUGUUUCCUGUACACUGGACUAAAUUUUCUAGGCUUUCCACGAGGCUGGCAGUUUAAAGACACGUAGAAACACAACACCUGUGUAUUCAAAUGGAGUCUUCUAUAUUUCUGUUAUGAGAGGGUUCUUUGCCAAUAAGGCUGAUGAAUCAGUUAAGGAUCAUAUGUUUACAAGCUGGUUUCAGAGUGCUGUCAAGCUUGUUGCCAGGCGAAACAUCAGAUGUGUUACUGGACACUCCUCAGGCAUGAGCGUGGCUUGCUGUCUCGUGUUCUAUCUGCUGUGUCCGAGUGGACCUUUAGAAUUUGUUGAGUAGGAUUAGACACGCAAUUUAAGGAUCAGCCGUGUAAAUCUUAAGCCAUAUGCACUCUUAAAUCUGAAAAAGCACACUCUAAUGGGAAAAAAAGUUUACGAAUUGAGUUUGUUCUUCCGGAGGAAAGUCUCUGUCAGGGAAAAUUAUUAAUUUUGAGUCAACAAAGCUAUGUGUUAUUCUUCUGUGUGGGGCAAUAGAUCUUGCUAUUGUGGGUUCUUUUUUUGAUGAGAUCACUUAAAUUGUAGGUGAGAAGCUGCUGACUAAGGUUCAUACCAUACUGAAACAUGGUAUGAAGUGAGAGAAGUUGUCAGACUUGUUUAAAAGCUGUAUUUUUUUUGCCUUCUCUGUGUCUUAGUGUUUCUUUGUGCUUUGCUUCCCACUACAGUGCCUGAAGAAGAAGUGAGUGCUUUCAAAAUUCACUCAUAUUCUCAUUCUGCUAUUUCUGUAAGUGCAAUUUAUUGCUUUAUCCACAGCACUCAAAAGAGGGCAAAAAUGGGAACGCCUUGGCCUUGACUGUGCCCU